AUGCAAUCAGUGUUUAUUAUAAAAAUUAAAAAAUGUUUCCUAAGAAACAACUUUCUGGAAAUCUCAAGAGACAAAAAAAGAAAAAAUGAUAAAAUUGCUCAAAGUUUAAGAGGAUCUUUGAAUAAAUAUUUUGUUAAACAAACCAAUGUGUCACUUGAAAAUUUAGAUGAAGAUGAUUUACCAAAUGAAUAUGAACACCCAAUUCAAUUGGAAGAAUUAGUAGAAAAUGAGAAUGAUGUGAACGAAGAAAUUGGUGAUCUAGAUGAAAAUGAAAAUAGUGAUGGACAUUUCCUUGAUGAAAAUGAAAAUAUUGAUGAACCAUGCCACGAAAAUGAAAAUAGUGAUGAACCUUUCCUUGAUGAAAAUGAAAAUAUUGAUGAACAUUGCCAUGAAAAUGAAUGUCCCGAAACAAGAUUUGAUUUGAACAUUUAUGAUCCACGAGUUUGGGAUAAUCUUGAUGCAAAAAUGAGAGAUUUACUUGUAGAAAAAGGCCCCCUAAGAGAAACUAAUCUCAAAUUCCCCAUGGACGAACACAAUAGACAUUUUUCUUCAAAUUAUUAUCUUCGUACAUUACCAAAUGGGGAAACUAAGGAUCGAAAAUGGCUAGUGUACUCAAAGGAGUUGGAUAAAGUGUUUUGUUUCUGUUGUAAGUUGUUUAAAACAAUGAAUUCUAGAAGUCAGUUAACUAGUGAAGGAAUUAGAGAUUGGAAACAUCUUGGUGAGAAGCUUAGACAACAUGAAAGCAGUAUUGAACACCUCACUAACUUGAGGUCUUGUGUUGAAUUGCAAAUCAGAUUGAAAACAAAUCAAACAAUUGAUACAGAAUUACAAGAGCUAAUCAAGAAAGAUACACUACACUGGAAAAAUGUUAUUGUCAGAAUCAUUGCUGUUGUGAAAUGUCUUGCUACACAUAAUUUGGCUUUUCGUGGAACAAAUGAAAAAAUUUAUGAAGAUGGUAAUGGUAACUUUUUAGGCCUGCUUGAAAUGAUUGCAGAGUUUGAUCCAGUAAUGCAACACCAUUUUCGACUCAUUCAAGAUAAGAAGAUUCAUUAUCAUUAUCUUAGCCAUAAAAUUCAAAAUGAGUUGAUAGCUAUUUUAGCAUCAAAUGUUAAACAUGCAAUCAUUGAAAAAAUAAAAACAGCUAAAUAUUUUUCUGUCAUUCUUGAUUGUACUCCUGAUGCAAGUCACAAAGAACAAAUGACUUUAAUAUUGAGGUGUGUAGAUGUUUCAAGUACUCCAAUAAAUAUAGAAGAGUACUUUUUAGAGUUUCUGAAUGUGGAAGAUACAUCUGGAUUAGGACUUUUUAAUGAAUUGCAAAAUGUAAUUGAGUCCCUUACACUUAAUAUUGAUGAUGUGAGGGGACAAGGUUAUGAUAAUGGCUCUAAUAUGAAAGGAAAAAAUCUAGGUGUACAAAAAAGAUUACUUGAUAUAAAUCCUAGAGCAUUUUACAUGCCAUGUGGUUCUCAUUGUCUCAACUUAAUAGUUUGUAAUAUGGCCAACUCAUGUGUUAAAGCAAAAUCUUUUUUUGGAGCAUGUCAAUGCAUAUAUACAGUAUUCGCUAAUUCAACAAAGCGAUGGAAUGUGUUACUUGAUUACAUAGAUGGUUUGACUUUGAAAUCAUUGUCAACCACACGUUGGGAAAGUCACAUUGAAAGUGUCAAAGCAAUAAAAUCUCAAGCUUCCCAAAUUAGUGAAGCUUUACUUAAAUUAACAGAAAUUAGUGAAGAUGCCAAAUUGAGUAGGAAUGCUCAAAGUUUAGCAUCAGGAGAGCUUUCAAGUUUUGAAUUUAUAUUAAGUUUGGUUAUUUGGCAUGACAUUUUGCAUAAGAUUAACUUAGUUAGUAAAAAGUUACAAUCUGAAGACAUGCGUCUUGAUGCUGCUGUAAGACAAUUAGAAGGACUUGUGUUAUUUUUUGAAAACUAUAGAAUAAAUGGGUUUGUUUCUGCCAUGAUUGAUGCUAAACAAAUUUCCCUUGAUAUGGGAAUUGAACCCAUAUUUCCAAAAAAACGUCAAGUUUGUAGAAAAAGUCAUUUUGAUGAGGUUUCCAAUAGUGAUAGGGAACAACAAUCAGCUGAAGAAUCAUUUAGAACUGAUUAUUUUCUUGUUAUAGUGGAUAUUGCUCUUGGUGAAUUGAAGAGUAGGUUUGAACAAUUGCAUUGUUUUGAAUCUAUUUUUGGGUUCUUAUUUGAUGCUGCAAAAUUGACUUCGCUUGAUGAUAAUGAAUUGAAAAGUUUCUGUGUGAAUCUUGAAAAUGCUUUAAAACAUGGUGAUGUUUCCGAUGUUGAUGCAAGAGACUUAUUUUCAGAGUUACAGGUGUUGCAAGUGAUGUUACCAAAAGAAGCAUAUGAAACAGAUAAACCAUGGACAUCCAUUAAAAUUCUUGAGUUUGUAAAGAGUGUGGAUAUGUUUCCUAAUGUAAUGGUUGCUUAUAGGAUAUUAUUGACUAUACCUGUGACUGUGGCAUCUGCUGAAAGAAGUUUUUCUAAAUUAAAAUUAUUGAAAUCUUACUUGCGGACCACCAUGACUCAAGAUAGGCUAAAUGGAUUAGCGAUAUUAUGCAUUGAAAAGGAUAUGUUAGAGAACAUUAAAUAUGAUAGUAUAAUUGAUGAUUUUGCAUCUAAAAGUGCAACAAGAAGACAUUUUAAAUGAUGUUUUGUAGUUGAGAUUUCAUUGCUAUUUUUAUUUUGUAGGUACAUGUGAUGAUUCUUUGCUUCGAUUAAUUGUGGAGGAUGAAAAGAAGAUUGAUCAAAUCAAGAAAUGCUUAUGGAGAUUUGGGAGGAAGCAUGUAGACUCAAAUAUGUAGUUUUCGUUUUUUAAUGCAAUGUUUACAAUCCGGGGUACUCUUUUUCCUUCGUUUGGGGUUUUGUCCCAUUGGGUUUUCCCCAACCAAGGUUUUAAUGAGGCCCCAAGGUGUUUUCCCUUGUCUUUUGUAAAAUCUUAUAAUUUUAAUAAAAUUAAUUAAUUGAUAAUUUAUUUA